AUGAAUACCAUCAAAGCUAUUAUCAGAUUUAUCCAACUUCGCAGCCGAGCACAGGCACAGUUGCCAGAUGAGCCAACUGAGCCAGUUUUGCCUGUCGAGAUACUCCGCCAAAUUUGGCAAGAAUCCUUCGUCCCACGGACAGUUGUGUUCCGCCACCAGGAGACUAUGAUCCUGCUGGGACUCUCCAGGGGUGUUGAAGACUUACCAGCAGAACUACCCUCCUUCCCCCAAGGUCCAGGUCAAGGGUAUGUUUUUGUCUCGCCUAGAGAGUCUCUACUAACUCGCCAGAUUUACCCUGAUAGCAGACAGGAAACAGACCGUUAUUACAACAAACUUUCGCUGGAUGCUUCACAUCCUGAAGUUCUCUUCAAUCCAGAGAUCGAUACUUUGGCUAUGAGCCCUUAUCGAUUACACCAUUUUUGGAAGCCCUUCCCGAAGGAUACCAGAAAGAACGGAGUGUCUUGGGCCGGGGAAAAGGAUAUGUACUUGCCCACUACCCUUGCAAUGUCUAUGGUGCAUUUGAGAAGCAUGCUCCAUCAGGAUCAUGAGAAUCUCGCAUCGACACAGGCCAUUGCGGUGGGGAAUGUAAGGUGGUCCUCUGGGGAGGUUGGAACGCCAGGGAAUUCACAUCUUUCCACCGCUGGAUUUUUGAAUAGGUUCGAAGCCUCUAUCCAGAACAGCUUUCAAAACCUCUCCAAAAUCAUCCUGGUUAGACCUACUACUCAACGCCAAGGCUUCAACAGAGAUUUUACAGACUCACUCGGUUCCGAAGCGGGGCGGGAUCUCUGCAGACAACAAAUCCGAGAGAUUUACGAAAGACUACGAGAAAGAGACCCAGAAGUCAAAGUCCCAGAGGUCAUCAUUCUAAAUGCAGAUGACCCGCAAGCUCCUGACUUUGACCCACAUUCAGAUCAAAAUUGA